AUGGUCUCGCAUCUUGCUAAGAGCGCCGUUGGGGGUCAGACCCUGGCGGGCGUUAAGCCCAAGGCCGGCGCCUCGCCCAAAGCCCUUAUCGCGCUUGAGAAGCGCACAGGGUCCAAAAUCGUCAUGGUGACGAAUUUGGAGAUCUUUGUGAUUAUUCCGAGUCUUUUGGUGGAGGAGUUGCAGAAGAAGUGUGCUAGUAGUACGAGUGUGACGCAGGCUGCUGGUGCGCCAAAGGGGGCGAUGGAGGUUUUGGUACAGGAAGAUCAGCGGAAGGUGAUUGAUGCGGCGUUGGCCAGUCGGGGGUUGAAGAGUCAGUGGGCGGAGGUAGUGCAUAGGACGAUGACGAAGAAGAAGAAGAAGAAGAAGAAGAAGAAGAGCUAG